AUGUCAAUCGCAUCGCAAAGAACGCUUCUUGCAAACAGCAGCAAAGGCGAACAUGUACGGAUUGUAGAAGUAUCACCUCGGGAUGGAUUACAAAACGAGAAAGGUUUAAUUCCAGCAUCUACGAAAGUUGAACUAAUUCAUAAACUACGUAAAGCGGGUGCAGAAUGUAUCGAAAGUGGAUCGUUUGUCAGUCCAAAAUGGGUACCGCAAAUGAAAGAUACGGCGGAAAUUUUACGUACGAUGCGACCUGAUUCCACCAUUUCUCAUCCAGUCUUGGUUCCUAAUGAUAAAGGUUUGGAUUUGUUGUUGAAGUUACUGGAAGAGUAUGGAUCAGAUAAGAGCGCUUGGCCAACAGAUGAGAUAGCACUGUUUACUGCCGCUUCUGAACAAUUUUGCAAGGCAAACACAAAUUGUUCCAUUCAAGAAUCUUUACAACGGCUAGAAAAAGUUUCUGAACGUGCUUUGAAUGCAGGUUUACGUGUUCGUGGUUAUAUUAGUGUAGUUGCUCAUUGUCCAUAUCAAGGUAAAGUUAAACCUGAAGCAAGCGGAGAGAUUGCCGAACAGCUACUACAAAUGGGUUGUUAUGAAGUUUCACUUGGGGAUACAGUAGGAUCUGCUUCUCCUUCAGAAAUGCGUGAAGUAUUGGCGAAAUGUUUGCAAAAGACAAGCGGAAAAAAUGGAGGUGAUGUGAGCAAGUAUGCUGCUCAUUGUCAUGAUACAAUGGGAACUGGAUUGGCAAAUGUCUUGGCUCUCGUUCGUGAAGGCGUUCGUUCUGUAGAUGCUGCCGUUGGUGGUUUAGGAGGUUGCCCUUAUUCGCCUGGAGCAACGGGUAACAUCGAUACCGAAUCGGUUGUAUAUGGGCUGCACGCAGAAGGGUAUGAAACAGGUAUCGACUUGGAAGAAGCUGCAAAGAUUGGUCAAUGGAUCUCUGAUCAAGUCGGCAAACAGAAUAAUAGCAGCGCAGGAAGGGCAAUCUUGGCAAGACUUGCAAGACAAGAAGAAGAAAUGUCUGCUAAAUUGUAG